AUGCCAAACCAUAGUCAAACCAACAUAUUCACCUGCACGUUCUGCUUCCACGUCUUUCAAGGUCCCCCUCAAAUCAUCGGUCGUACCGGACGUCUAGCAUGUACAACAUGUCACGCAGCGCUCCUCGACCUAGCCAUCUGCUGGGUUUGCGGAGAGCUCAUAUACCGAGGGGAUGAAUGUGUCAGUUUCGGUUGGUGUUUCUGGCAUCGAGCGUAUUACGGAUGUCUACUCUACGGGAGCAGAUCCAUUCAUCAGGGGGUUUCAGUACACGAUCUCUUUCAAGAGAGCGGAGCAGAAGAUCGAGUAAAGGAAAGAUGUGGAGGGAGAGAGGUGACUGAGGUACCGCUUUGUGCAGCUUGUGUCGUGGAAAUCGAGGUUGAUGGUGUUAAGGAGGAUAAUGUUGUGAAAAGGGGGCUGAGGAGAGUUGAGAAAGUGGAUGGAGGUUUGACCAGGAAGAGAUGGGAGGCCAAAAACAGCGAGAAAAACUUGAAGUUCUCCUCUAGCCAACAGAGAACCCACAAGAACGAAUAUGGUGUUGAGGCCGAGGACCUCACAGUUAACAAGGUCUCAACCGACUUCAAGGACAACUCCGAAUCGGUUAUAUGGGUCGACAUAUUUGAUCCCAUCAAUGGUCCUUCUUUUAAACCAAGCCCCCUGAAGCCUAUACCGCUGUUCAUGCAACGACCACCGAGUCCUACUAUCCACGAGCGCCAGCGCAGGUCAACUGCUGCCGAAACAUACCUUCAGCCUUCUCACGAUCUGAGAAAACAGCAUUCUGCUCCUUGUUCAGUCUGUCCCUCGGAAUCGCCUGUGAGAAGUCGAUCAUCAGACCAUCGUACUCCACGCCAACCAUCACCAACUCUACCUAAAACCCCACCCUCUUCGCCGUCUCGCAGUCGCAACACUCAGAAAAUUCCAGAGCACGACUACCUCGACAUGAUUGACCGGUCUGAAGUGCAGCACAAACAAGCUGUUAGCUGGGUCAGCGUAGAGCCCUUGAAACGACCAUCGUCUCGACUCGCUCCGUCACGUCGCGCAGAGGCCAAUGGUUCAGAGACAGAGUCAUCGGCAUACAGAACGCCUCCAGAAUAUCCAGAUCAGGUACUGCGGACGCCAUAUCCGCUUCCUUUGUCAAACGUCAAGACGGCUAGCCCCUUGCACGCGCAGCUCACGUCGCACUCGCAACGAACUGUGCAUGCUACUCCACAAUCAUCAGAGUAUCUUGAUCGUUACCAGCCCGCGACGACGAGAUCGACACAGAACCAGGAGGCGAGAAGAUUGAGAAGAAUAGAUGCAAGCGUGACUGAGGAGGGCCUUGCGAAGAUGAAGCCGGGACAAUCUGAGGGUGGAGAAUGGGGAGGCAAGGUUGGGUCUGAGUUGAGACGGUUCUUUACAGGACGAUAGAGGAUUGUUACACGGCAGUAUGUGUAAAAGAAGAAGGACCCUAUUCACAUGCGAAUUAUGUAUCAAGUUUUUAAGAGAAGUUUGUUUACUACAUUCGUUCCGUGCUUAAGUAUAACAGCGGAAUUGGACUAGCAGAGCAGUAUGAAGCUAUACGGGAUGAACCUCUGAGCUUGGUGAACGCCAAGAUGGAGAGGAUUACAGUUUCGGCAAACCAAUGAAAUGGCUGAAUUAUUAUGAUCAACAGGACAAAGCCCGAGACGGAUGAUGUACGUAACUAUGAGAGCAUUCACAUCGGUUCGGCACCGGAAGCGGACGGCCGAGGCACGGAGCCAAGCGAGAUCUUGCCGGGCGC